CUGCGGGAGCGGGCACUGCCAGGGCUGCGGGAGCGGCCCCGUUUCUCUCUGCUGCCGGAAUUCCCAAACCAGCCCAACGGAGCCCUCGGAGAGCGCCAUGGACGAGUGGGACCUCCCACAAUGGAAAAAAGAGGUGGAAAGCCUCAAGUACCAGCUGGCCUACAAGAGGGAGAUGUCAUCCAAGACCAUCCCUGAGUUUGUGAAGUGGAUUGAGGAUGGAAUUCCUGAGGAUCCCUUCCUGAACCCGGAGCUGAUGAAGAACAACCCCUGGGUGGAGAAAGGCAAAUGCAUCAUCCUCUGAGGAUGGAUGUGGGGCACUGAACCAAAUCCCUGAACAAAAUCCCUG